AAAAAAGAAUGUCAAAAUCAAAAUUGUCUACAAAAUUGUCAAGUGCAGCAAAAAUCGGGAAAGCUAAAUUAUCUUAUUUUCUCUGUAAAUUAAGUAGUGUAAACAGUUCUUCUUAACAUAGAAUAAUUAUUAAAAUCCGACGGAACAUAUAAUAUGUGUAUUUGUUGAUAGAAAACAUGUUAAAUGUGACAUAAACGAGAUGAGUUCAAAACCUACAAUUUACCAUGAAAAACAGGUUAAAGAGCUAUGUGCUUUGCACGCACUUAACAAUUUAUUCCAGAAAGGCUCAUAUUCUAAAUCGGAACUGGAUGCAAUAUGCAGCCGGUUGUCACCAAAUGUGUGGAUCAACCCACACCGGUCUAUGCUGGGGCUCGGCAAUUACGACAUCAAUGUCAUCAUGGCGGCAUUGCAGAAGAAAGACUGUGAGGCCAUCUGGUUUGACAAGAGAAAAGACCCCGCGUGCCUAAAUCUGUCGCACAUCAGCGGGUUCAUCCUGAACGUGCCGUCGGACUACAAGCUGGGGUUUGUGAUGCUCCCGCUGCGCCGCCGGCACUGGAUCGCCAUCCGACAGAUCCAGGGCAAUUUCUACAACCUCGACUCUAAGCUGGAAGUGCCACAACUUAUAGGCAGGAGCAGCGAACUCAUAGCAUACCUCAAAGAGCAGCUGGAAUGCAAGGAGAAGGAAAUGUUCGUGAUAGUGAGCAAGGAGGUGGAACAGAAGCACCUGUGGAUCAACCAGACGUUGCCGAACGCCAACGACCAGCAGCUGGCCAACCACAGCCCAGCGGAGAGGAUAGCCUCCUUCUCCACAUACGACUACAACAACCGCGACGCCGAGUGCCUCAGAAUAACCGAAGUGAGAAACUGUGUUGUCAGUAGAGAAAAUUUCUAAUAGUUAAUAGCAUUGGUAACCCCAGACUGCAAGUGAUCGUAUGGCAAUUCAUAUGUGUUCAGUUUCGUGCGUGCGGAGUGUCCGGAUGCCUUUUAUAAUCUGUCCGGCUUAUUGUAAAUAGUCUUCGUUCUCAUGCUAUAACAAAACCAGGUAUGCUCAAAAGUGACAGCUAACAUUUCAAGGUUAGCCCAGCUGACGUCAUCCUAUCCAGCGUUUCCAUUUCGUAAAAAAUAAAUUACCCACGACCUUUAGUAAAAGAUUUACCUAUGGUUUUAAUUUUUUUUUUACAUGUGACAAGUAAUAGUAGUAGUCCUUGGAAUGUUGGAGAUACCAAUUUAAUGGUAAUACUCAUGUAACAUACAUGGCGGCCUUUCAUAGGAUUGAGUAUACCUGGUUUUGUUAUACCAUGUUCGGUCUGACGUAAAUUUUUGUAAGGAGAGUUCUCAGCAUUUAGGUACUUAAAGUAUUAUUUUAUUUAUUUGUUGUGUUAUUCGUAUUUUAUUUUUGUUUUGCACAUAUAUUUAUUUGUUGAUUUGAUCACGUGUUAUUGGUUUUUUAUUUUUUUGUUUUGACGAAUGCCUGUAUAUUGAUUUUUGAUGUAUAUUUUACUAUGACAUAGAUAGGAAGUUGGUUAUUUGUGAUUGGGCAUUCUUUUGUGAUUGGGCAUUCUGUUAUCUCGAACGUCUCCACUACUAGUUAUACGGCCUAACUUUGAUCUUAAAAUUAUCAUAGAGCAGUAUCGUUACAAAUUACUGCGACAAUAAUGUAAGAAUAUUUUGAUCACGAUCAACUCGACGAUGAUAAACGAAUACCGGUAGUAACCUCAACGAUAAGUAAAUCUUUUAAACCCAAGAACAUUUUUCACAUAUUUCACGCACUAUAACAGAGCCGUCACGACUUUCUGCGGUUUUCACUUUGUCUAGACAGGAAGAUGCGACUAAUACACGACCAUAAUUCUUAUCGGGGUGAGGAGUACCACAAAUCCCAGCUUUACAUCCUCCUGCAGAUCAGGCUGUAUGGCUGUGUUCCUUUGCCUUCUCCUUUGAAAAAUAAAAAUAAUCUGCUACUACAUUAUCCUUGUCUACCCUCAACAGAGAUAAAUCACUAACACAUGUAACACGUGGCUAUAUAUGACUUAACACAAGCUUACUGCCCACUGUACAAAACAUUUCGUAGUUUCGAAUUAAUCGUGAUCAAGUUAGUAAGUGUGAGAUGUGACGUCGACGAUCAUGGCUUAGAAUAGUUCGUGUACUGAUCGCCUCUAGUACGGAGACAUUAUAACCAAAACAAAGCCAAAUAUUAUAUCAAAAUAUUGUUCCAUAUUAAAAGCUGAACCAGAAACAUAAAAACCGCCAUUUUGCGUUUAAAAUAAGAACUAUCUUUUUCUACCAUUUUUUGGUAGUUUUUGGCCUAAAUUCAUGGAUCACAAGCCAAUCUUUUUACGAAAAAUCCGUUAAAUAAAUUAAAAAUUCAGUAACAUCGCAUCUAUUACGUGGUUUUUAUAUUUUUGGUAAGGCGAUAAAUAUUAAUUUAAAUAAGCAGUGUAUGAAUAUUUACAUACGUACAUAUCAUCGCACAUUUCCUAAUAGAUAGAUCAGUAGAGUUAUUUCUAUAAUUUUAUUGUAUGUGAAUGUUUGUAUGGUGUUUAUAUCAUAAGCCACGAUGUUCAGACGGCAAUGCGUGUUUUUUUCUAACACAUUUUAUAAAAAAGUGACUUGUUCUUUUCAAAACAUUAGUCUAAUCUCGAUUCGUCAAAAAGUCCCAAAGUAAAACGAAAACCUGUUCAAAUAUUCAACAUUUCGUGUGUCUCAACAAAAAUACGCUUCGCGGUCUUGACACGUGACUUUAGUAUCAACCAAAUAAAUAGGGUAUUAAUGUAACGAAGUCCAUAUAAUAUAGAAGUAAUUAUAUGAAAUAUUCAACUUUCUUUGAUACACAAGUUACUAGCAAAUAAUAUAACUAGACAUUCGAAAAUAAACUGUUGCCGUGUCUACUCAAUGUUGAUUUCCGCACAACUUGUAACAUUUGACUAUAACAUUCCUGAGUGACGGACAUCACAUUUCGAUCAUCGUUAAAAUCUCACAAAGACUUUUUUACUCUCUUUUAACUUUUACCUAAAGUGUUGUAAAUAGAAAAUAUUUUUCCAAAAAAAAUAGAAAGUGUGAUGACGA